AUGAGAUACAUUCAUUCUACAAAAGGAUGGCAUCUGACAUUGAGCGCUGAUGAUUUGCGCGUGAUUAAAUGGUAUGUCGAUGCAUCAUUUGCUGUUCAUCCAGACUUCAAAAGUCACACUGGAGCUGUGAUGACAAUGGGCACUGGAGCAGUGCAAGCAAUUACACAAAAGCAGAAAUUGAAUUGUGAUAGCAGUACACAUGCUGAACUAAUUGGAGUCCAUGAUGCAAUGUCCAAUAUUUUGUGGACCCGCUUAUUUAUGGAAGAACAAGGUUACCCAAUCGAGAAGAAUAUACUAUAUCAAGAUAACAAGAGUUCGAACCUACUUGAAACGAAUGGGAGAUCUAGCGCCGGAAAAAGGAGCCGUGCGCUAAAUAUUCGGUAUUUCUUUGUGACAGAUCAAGUCGAAUUGGGCAACAUUACUAUUGAACACAUGCCGACUGAUGAAAUGUGGGCAGAUUACAUGACGAAGCCUUUACAGGGCGAAAAGUUUGGCAAAUUCCAGGCUGUAAUUCAAGGUGACCAGGAUUAG